AUGCUAGGGACCAUAUUCAAUUCCACGUUGGUGGCUGAGCUCACGAAGCUUCCACUACAAACGAGAUCCAUAUCUGACAGUGUUUUGACCGGGAUGGAUCCUACAGAAGUCGAUACUUCAAACCCCGUCAUAUUAUUCAUCAUCCAAUUGUUCAUCAUCAUCGGAUUCACACAAGGUCUAGGAUGGGCUUUCCAAUUCAUCAAUCAACCUCGAGUCAUCGCUGAGGUCGUGGGAGGUAUCAUACUCGGUCCAACAGUCAUGGGUCGUAUUCCUCAUUUCACCGAUCACAUCUUCCCUAAAGCUUCGGUACCUUUUCUCAACCUAGUCGCCAAUGUAGGAUUGAUCCUAUUCCUUUUCGUCAUUGGUGUUGAAGUCGAUAUCAACGUGAUGAAGAAAAACGGGUUCGCUUGUGCUGCUAUCUCAGUCGCUGGUAUGGUUGUACCAUUCGGCUUAGGAGCAGCAGUUGCCGUACCGGUAUAUCAUACUUAUGUCGACACGGACAACGUCUCUUUUGGCCAUUUCAUGCUUUUCAUUGGUGUGGCAAUGGCUAUCACUGCUUUCCCUGUCCUCUGUCGGAUCCUUACAUCAACUAAAUUACUCGAUACAAAGGUCGGAGUCAUAGUAUUAGCUGCGGGCGUAGGAAACGAUGUUGUUGGCUGGGUUUUAUUAGCUCUUACUCUCGCUUUGGUAGGAUCAGGUACUGGUGCCACAGCAGUUUACGUUCUUCUCUGCGCGAUCGCAUGGGCUUUGGUCUUACUUAUCCCAGUCAAAAGAGCUUUCCUCUGGCUGGUCAAAAGGAGUGGUUCAUUGGAACAUGGUCCCACUCCUGGAAUCAUGACUUUGACACUUCUGAUCAUUUUCACUUCAGCUUUCAUGACUGGUAUCAUCGGUGUUCAUCCCAUCUUUGGUGGUUUCCUCGCUGGUCUUAUCAUCCCUCAUCACGGUGGUUUCGCGAUUGCCAUUGUGGAAAAGAUUGAUGAUCUAGUAUCUCUUUUAUUCCUUCCUAUAUAUUUCGUCCUCUCCGGUCUUUCCACUAACCUUGGACUUCUCGACACUGGUAAAAUCUGGGGAUACAUCAUUUUGAUCUGUGUCAUCGGUUUCCUCGGAAAAUUCAUUGGUUGUGCAGGUGCCGCUUUGGCUAUGAAAUAUCCUUUGAGAGAAAGUGCUGCCAUUGGAAUGUUGAUGAGUUGUAAAGGUCUUGUCGAACUUAUCGUCCUUAAUGUCGGUCUAUCUGCUGGGAUUAUCGACGCACGAGUAUUCUCAAUGUUGGUCAUCGUCGCCAUCGUACUCACUUUCGUCACGACUCCGUGUACUCUCUGGAUCUACCCUGAACAUAAACGUGAAAGGCUUCAUGGUCCAUCCGCCGCCAACAAAGAAAAAGAUUCUGAAAGUGUCAUCGAAGGUAACAGUGGUCUUGGAGGUGGAUCAGGCGGUCGAGAACAAACUUCCCGAUUCCUAGUCAUCUUGCAAAAACUUGAACAUCUCUCUGCAAUCAUGUUCCUGACUCAACUACUUGAGGCACCUUCCACAGUCAGCAGGAAACCUUUCAACGCCGCUGGAGUCAUUGAUCACGAUUUGAAAAAAGGUGAAUUCACAGACGGAUCAACUUCUUCAACACCUGAAAACGUUUUGGCAAGAUUACCAACAUCUGAAACAGAUGGCGAUCACGACAUUUCAUCGCCUCAUACUUCCACUCUUUCGAUCGACGCCUUAAAGCUCAUCGAACUCACUGGAAGAACGCAUUCAGUCAUGCAAUCUGCCGAGAAAGAUCAGUUGCUCGUUACGGAUGAUGCGUUACAACUAUUCAAACAAUUCGGUCGAUUGAGAGGUCUUGAAGUGACACCCCACAUAUCAAUCGUAGAACAGGAUUCGUAUCCACAGGCAGUUGCCGAUUAUGCUUUUGAUUUAGAGACUGAAUUAGUCAUUUUACCUUGGACAGUGCCCAUUCAAGGAACUUCAAGUGAAUUAAUAGAUCCUUCAGCGACCACGAAUACUUCCACGGGAUUGGUGUCACAAUUCGAUACUAUAUUCGGUAUUGAAUCUUCCGGAUCACCCAUUUAUACACAUUUCGUCAGAAGAGUCUUCUCAGAAUGUAAUUCCGACAUAGCAUUAUUCGUGGAUAGAGGAUUUGGAAGCUCGACUUCUUUCACCCCUGGUUCAGGUCAACACAUCUUCCUACCAUUCUUUGGUGGACCAGAUGAUCGACUUGCAUUGAGAUUCGUUAUCCAACUGUGUAGACAUAUGAAUGUUACUGCAACUAUAGUAAGAGUUGAGAAGCCCGAUCAAGAUGGGUUGGAAGAAGAUGAUUCCGUUCAAGAUGAAUCCACCAAUGGCGGGAAAUCUGAAAGUGUGCAAAUACAUCAAGCUGCUCUGGCAAGUAAUCAACUGACCGUUGGACAUGCGAAUUCUGCAUAUCCCGAAACUCAAGCUAGAUUAGCAUCUGACACAGCUGACAACAUAGCUUGGACAUAUUACAAUACCACCUCUAUACCAUCGAGAUCUAAAUCAAUCGAUGAUGCCCUGACUAGAAUAUCAUUCUACUCCACCAAAUCCUCAACACCUUUAUCAUAUUCAUUCACAUGUGCAUCUUCAGCUAUACAAAGUACGACAUCGAGCUCCACAUCAUCUUGGAGACCAAUGUUGAUCGUUACAGGAAGAGGAAGAAGAGGUGCGGCGAUAAAUCACUCUCAAGAAUUGAAUAAAUUGUUAGCGGAUAAAGGAUUGAAUCCAUCUAUAGGUGCAGAAUUAAGGAAAACAGUUGGCGAUCCUGCUACAGCUUUGAUAUUAGGUGGUGGCGCUCCUGGAACGGCAAGCUUCUUAGUCAUGGAAGCUUCCAAGAAAUAG